AUGGACAGAAAGCAAUGCCACCAAAAGCCGUUUGGCUAUCAGCAUGCAANNUGCACAUACCCCUUGACAGGACAUUUGGCGGUUUCANAAAGGAUCCCUGCUUUAAGCCAUCACCUCCCCCCACUCUCGUUUCUGUACCCGUCCUUUCUCUCCACCANNGCUUCCAGCCGUUUUCUGUCAUCUGNNUCAUCAUGUGCAUGCGUGCCGAUUGCCCCAAGUGCAAGAAAGNUGUCAUGGUGGGGAUGCGGAAAGCAUAUCCCUUCUGUCAUGGACAAGGUUCCUAGAGAGCAACGAUGCACUUGCGGACCUGUUCUGGAAGUCGACGGGAAGAUGUAUCCUCCUAAACCUCCAGGCUUGUUCACCGAUUGCUCCGUCUCAUGA